AUACAAUGGCGUCAUUCACCGGAAAUCGGCAAGCGAUUCCUCUUCUCGUGAGUCCAUUAACUACUUCCGAGAUCAUAGAUCACCGAGUGGCUUCCCUCACCGUUCGGGAAUUUAAAAGCAGGCUACAUGUGUCCUUUCAGCUCCCUCUCUGGCAUGUUCUCUUCUGAAGCAUUCCAACCACACCGAUUUCCUUGAUUUACCCCCAAAGCACCAGCGGCUUUAUUACCUUUUCCACAAUGGCACGAUCUCAGUUCUCUCCUCGUAUUUCUGUCCUGCUUAUGAUGGCCUUGGCCCUGACUGUCAUGGGCAUAGUUCUCCCCCCAAACUUUCCGAUGCCCGAUAGCGUUGCCGCGGCGCCACCUUGUGGGGAGGUGGUUAUCCUGGCAGGGGAAGCAAGUGGCCCAGGAAAGAAAAGGUGCAUUGGGGCUGGAUGUCCUGUCUUAUGCAGCCCACCGGUCAAAGAUCCAGGAAACAACAAGAAGUCCGAUGGCAAGGAAUCCGAUGGCAAGGAAUCCAAGGAGGCGCUGUCCGAGGACCAGGAGGCUGACAAGGACUCAAGUGACAAGGACUCAAGUGACAAGGACUCAAAUGACAAGAGCUCCAGUGGCAAGGGCUCCAGUGGCAAGGGCUCCGGUGGCAAGGACUCCAGUGGCAAGGACUCCAGUGACAAGGACACCAGUGACAAGGAAGUGAGCGAGAAAGAAUCAAGUGGCAAGCAACCUAAAGGCAAACAGUCGGGAGGCAAGAAGUCGAAGGGCAAGCAGUCCGAUGCUAAUGAAGAUGGUGAGCAAUCGGUUAGCAAGCGAUCCAACGCCACGUUUGUCAGAAAUCGCAAGCAACGGAUUGCUCGGCAAGAUGAUCGCAGCCCCGCCACCAAAGAGCAAUCCGACGACAGCUCCAAUGGCGACCGAGUGACCGACGAGCCUGUCGAAAACGGCGAGGAACCAGAUGGCAGGCAAUCCAAUCGUAAGCAGACCAAUCGCAAGGGCCCCAAUAGCAAGGGUUCCAACAGCAAAAACGCCGAUGGCGAAGAUUUCAAUGGCGAGGAUUCCAAUGGCGAGGAUUCCAAGGACAACGAUUCCAAUACCAAGUCCAGUGCCAAGCAGUCGAACCGUAAACAUGCCAGCAACAAUGAGUCCGAAGAUGAGAGUAUCAAUGAAGAGGGCUCAAAUAACACGUCCGAUAGCGUGCAGUCGGAUGGCAAGCAAUCGGGCGACGAGAAUUCCAAUGAGGAUGACUCUUCCAAUGACAAGAAGCCCAGUGGCAAUGACUUUGACGACGAGGAUUCAAAUGAAGGAAGUUCCUAUGACGAGGAUUCUGAAAGCCAGCCCAAAGGCGAGCAAUCCGGUCGCAAGCAGUCAAAUCGCAAACAGUCCGGUCGCAAGCAUGGCAAAGAUGAGGAGACUUCGAGCGGGAACACUGAGGAUGAAGAGGUUUCAAUCGACGCCUCUGAGUCGUCCUCGCACUGAAUCGGACGAUGAGACCGCCCUCAGAAUGAACGUUUGAGUCGGCGUCUCGGGGACAAAGGGAUUACUAUGUGAGAGCGAACUCUGUCAUAAAGGUGGCUUAUGUUCUUAAUGGAUCAAAAUACAGUAAUGGAUUAAGGAACUGACUCGCCAAGGGUGCGGGAAGGAAGCAAUAGGAAAAGUUUU